UUUUAAAUGGGACAAACCGUUGGGAAACCAGUUGAAAGAACAAAUGAUAAACCCUUUAUUGAGGAGAUGACGCCUCUUAAUAGGAAGAAAUAUUAUGAAGACCCUCUUGAAUAUAUUCAGGAAAGGUUUGAAACAAGAGCCUCGCUUGAAGAAUGGGGUUUCUUGUGGGCUCACCGAAUUUUGGAAGAGGUAUUCGUCAGACCUGAACUAGACAUGAAGUGGGUCCUUAGCAAACUCCACAAAGAAGACCUAGCUACUAUAGUUCCAUCUAGCCAGAUAGAGCAAAUGUGAAUUAGCAACAACACCGAAGGGGAAAAUAAGCUUGACAAACUUCAUGAGAUUCUGACAUCGCAUCUUUCAAGUUCUGAAGAGGAGACCGAAGAAGAAGCACUUGACAAGAAACUCAAUAACUUCAAAGUAUUAAUGGAUAAUGCUUGGAAAGGUGUCUGCCAACUUGCCUUUGGAGCAGGAGCUAUAGAUGUCCUUGUAGAAUCUGAUAGGUAUUUUGAAUUUAUGGAAGAGCUCGAUUCAAAAAUUAGAAGACUUAAAAAGGAAAUAAACAAUGAACUCUUCCAAAAGAAACUUGGUGACAUAAAGACUAAGUUUUCCGCAAUUCUCCGCAUUUUUGAGAAAGCGAUAGAGGGAAAAGAUGACUUCAAGACCAGACAAAAGCGUCUUGAUUCGCUAUUUUAUCACUGAGAAGAGAUUGUUAGCUUAAUCACUGAUCCAGAGUCAGUGAUAUUUGAGAAAGCUCAUUAUUGUAUUGAUUUUGUGAGUAAUUUCCUAAUCUUCCACCUUGGAAUGCUACAGAUUGCAGGUGAAGAAUUUGAAUUAAAAGAUUACAAUGAACGAAGAAACAAUGCUAUUAAAUUUUAUCCUAUCCUAGUGAGAUCUUAUAUCGAUAAAGCAAUGUCGAACUAUGUCAGAGCAAUCAUCCUGAAUUACCAUAAUCAGUACUCAACAAUGAAGGAACAUGAAGAGAUCUUCAAUGAGAUGACCGGUGGAGUCAUCUACAAAAUUGAGAACAGCAAGCUCCAUUACAUCUGGGAUAAAUCGUCUCUCAAAGAAAUGCAGAACGACAAAAUGUACUAUGAAUUUGACAAGGAUGACCUCGUGCAGCUCAAGCCUGCUUUCCUUUGCUCACUGGAGCUCCCAAUCCUCACCAGAGCACUUCGAUAUGGAGUUGCGAUGAAGCUAGAAGAUCUCUUUACUGAUUACAUCAAAAAUAUUGAUACUUGUGUUGCUUUGUUGACCACUUCUUCUAAAAAGGAAUCUAUGGACCCAGAUUUUCCUUCUUCUUACGAUGAGACUGGCAGUUCAAAAGCUUCCACAAUCUGAACUUCGAAAGAAUCUGACUCUGAUAUGACCUCUAGCCAGAAGUUUCAUGAACAACGGAUUAAACAAAUUAACUCUCUCAACCAAGAAACCAGUGAAAUCAAAGACCUUGCGCAGCAAGAAUUCCAAGAUCUAAAAAGCCUAUAUAUCAGUGGUCCCUCUCUUCCAGCCAAACAGCAACAAAAACUGCGAGAGGCCUUCAUCAAAAACCUUCGUGACUCAGACUCCCUAAUCUCGAAUAUGAACAAAUACUUAUGCUUUUCCAUUGAAAACAAGAGAUUUUUCAAUGUAUCCUUCUAAUUAUGUGCCUGAAAAUGCUAGUCAAUC